AUGAUGAAACCCGUAUCCUUGGUGCUGAUCCUUUCCCUUUCGUCGAUGACCCGAUCCAAUGGGUUCGUUCCUCCCCUCCUUGCGCUGAAAGAACAGACCUGUUGUCAAGCGCACAAUAAGAUCGAAGAGGAAGCUCCUUCUUCUUCUUCUUCUUCUCAAAGCCGUCGACAUUGGAUCUCUUCUCAAUUCCAAAGUCUGCUGCUAGUUGGUGGAGUCGUCUCGGAAGUUUCCAAAGAGCCUGCCUCUGCCGCCGUCAUGGCAGUGGACCAACAAAAAAUAGGAAGCCUGGGUAUUCCAGAAUCCAAAGAACGCUUUGUUCAGGCACGAAAGGAUGUUCAAUAUCUUUUGGAUCAUUACGAAUCGAUAUCCAAGGAGGGAGGAGAUGCCGUUCGAAGAUAUCUUGGAACCGUCGGUGUCGCUGGAGCCAUGUAUGGUAUUUCCAAAGUAGUCAAGACCUUGCGAGAAGAAGCCGAGGACAUUGUGGAAUACACCGAAGCCAUGGAUGAGUUCAAUGCGUAUCUGUAUCAAGCGGAAGGAGCCGCCUAUCAAUCCAUAUUUGCGGAACACUCGAGUGCCAAAGCCACACCCGAGUCAUGUCUGGCCACGGCCAAGCAAGAUGUAGUCAUGAUGGCCAAGUACAUGGACAAGCUCCAGGCCCAGCUCAGUUUGUAA